AUGGCUUCCCAUCAAACCAGACCACCUUCAACGCCUUAUUCACCUCUAAACGACCAACAACAAGACGACCUUCAAGACAUCGACGACUCCAUUUCCUCAAAUGGGUGUGGCUGUUUUCAGCUGUUCGGGUUCGGAUCCAAUCGGAAUAGGAAUUACGAAGGUGCAAAUCUUCUGCAACAGAAACAAGGGAGGGAGGAGGAGAGUUGGAUGGUGAAGAAAUUGAAGAAGGUGAAGGAGGUGUCGGAGAUGGUGGCUGGACCGAAAUGGAAGAAUUUCAUUAGAAAAAUGGGUGGAUAUUUGAAGGGGAAGAAACAGAGGAAUCGAUUUCAGUAUGACCCCGAAAGCUAUGCUUUGAAUUUCGAUGGGGGUUUUGACGGAGAAGAAGAUGAUCAUCAUCCACCUAUUGGGUUUUCUUCGAGGUUUGCUGUGCCUUUGGCUUCUAGGGAAUAA